AUGGCCGGACCUGGAGGUGGCCCGCCGCGUAAGAGUCAUACCAAGUCGAGAAAGGGCUGCAAGACCUGCAAGAGGCGGCACAUUCGCUGUGACGAAACGUUUCCACAAUGUCGAAAUUGCACGAAACACAACUGUCGUUGCGACUAUAUGGAUAUGCAAGCAGCCGGAGAAGAACCUAUGAAGGGCACGAAACCACCGGAUCUCUUGAUGUCUCCUGAACUCCAACGCCGACUUGACAACUGGCGGAUAACCGGCGAGUCUCCUUUGCAAGAGCUAAGAGUUCCUGACCGGAUAUAUUGGACACGAUUCUCGACAAUUGAUUUGCGUCUUGUUCACCAUAUUACCACGCUAUCGAUCGAUAUGUACAAUCGAGGAUACAGCACCUGCACGCCGUGGGAUUUCAAAAUGCUUUCACUGAUCUCAGCUGCUUUAUCGCAUGACUUCGUAAUGAGUGCCUUGCUUGCGUUGUCGGCAUCUCAUCUCGCGUGGCAGACGAAGAACACAGACACGGAGAAUCUAGCUUACCACCAUAGAGGGGUAGCUAUCAAAGGUCUCCACGAAGCAAUCGGGGCAUUUUCGAGAGAAAAUUCUGAAGCCAUUCUUGCUGCCUCGAUUCUUCUCUCGUGGCAAGCAACGGACUGGCGCAGCUGGGCAUCACUACAACAGGGAGUCUCGACUGUCUUGAGCGCGAUGAGGGCGUGGAUACACGAAUCGGAUCUGGUAAGAUACCUGGAGAACCAGAGAACCAUGGUGAGGGCAAGAACGCCUGCCACUCCCACGAUGCCGCACACUCAAACUUCGAUCCCCCAUGAAGACCUUCGCAGAAUAGAACAAAUCACCACGGCUCUCCAUAAUUUGAGACUGCGGCUUUCGACAAACGAAGAGCUUCAAGAAUAUGCGGGGCGGCUGGUUGAUUACCUCCAGGACUUGCAACGGGACUUGUCUACCCAGGCGCCAGACAAAGCAUUCAGCCGGUUACAGCCGCUACGGGACAUGAUCUUCUGGCUGCCACCGCAGGUGCUGCGCGGUACCGACACUGAUCUAGGGGCAUUAACUCUGCUCUCGCAUCUUUACGCAAGCGCCCUUGCUGUCGAGCCACUGUUUCCGGAUAUUGGUGGCGCCUAUCUCGGAAGCAUGUCCCUCUUUCCACUGGAGAAACUCCAUGACAUAUUGAGGGCCAGACGGGCGACGCAGCCUCAGGAUGCAAACGUCCAAACGGCCUUGUCUCUUAUGGACGUGCCAGUACAAAUAAUGACGUCGUACAAAAUGAGGCAGAGACACAACAGCCAAGGGAGUCAGAGCGUCGAGGGCUAUCAUUAUUCUCCUCAAGGGAGCCCUUAUGCCGGGCCUCGCAUGCCGAUUGCUUCUCCUACCUCAGACAGUUCAGCAGCCCCCAUCUACCCCAACUCGCCUCUGCAUGCGCCAGGCAGUCUAUCGAUACCGGGAUCAGCAUAUUUCCAAGCGGCUCUCGGGCCUGGAGAAGGACGGCGAGAAUCGUCGAUAUCAUCGGCUUCGUCGCUAGGGCGCGCUCACUCGAUGAGUGACCGGAGUCUCGCCUCCAGCAGCCCACACACAAUGGGGAUGGUGUAUGGGUCUCCAGCAACGCAACACCCUCGAAGCAGCCACGAGCUACCAGGGUCGAGAAUAGACUACUUUGGGCAAAUUCAAGCACCGUACAAUCCCUACGGCAGCAUGAACAUGAAUACUCGGUUCGUCGCUCCUUCACAGCUCUGGACUUGA